UGCCUACACGAAUCCCCACCAUUCAUCCUGCUGCUUGGAUAAAUAAUGCCAUCAACAGGCCAGAGGGGGCUCAUCCAAUGAAAAAGUGGGAGUGUUGCACCCUGCAGGCCGAUUGGCUGCCCUGGCCCUAAACAGACUGAGUGAGCCUGCAGCUCAGGGAUUAGAGGUGGGUCUCUCUGCAUGCUGAAUUGUGUUGCUUCAGUACAAGAGGCCUUGUCUGUAACUCAGGAGGAUCCAGACAGAUCAGCUGUGACUCCAGAUUAACCCAUAUUCCGACUCACUCUCAGAUGAUAUAGGCAUCUGUUCUUCCACAAUGGUUGUUCCUGAAUCCCAGGAAAAAAUGUACUACCCUCCUGAUGACCUGAAGGGGGAUGCUCAUGUGCCUGAUUUUAACUCCUACCUGGCACUGUACAGGAAAUCUCUUGAGAAUCCAGAAGCUUUCUGGAAAGAGAUUGCUGAUGAGUUCUCUUGGAAGAAGCCAGCAACAGGACCAAUGCUGCAGUACAACUUUGAUGUGACAAAAGGGAACAUUUAUGUGAAAUGCAUGGAAGGGGCCAAAACCAACAUGUGCUAUAAUGUCCUGGACAGGCAUGUGAAGGAGAGGAAUCUUGGUGAAAAGGUUGCCUAUUACUGGGAGGGGAACUCACCCGACCACCACAUGACCAUCACCUACCGCCAGCUGCUGAGCCAGGUCUGCCGUUGUGCUAAUGUCCUCAAGCAAAUGGGUGUAAAAAAGGGAGACAGGGUGUCCAUCUACCUUCCCAUGAUCCCAGAGCUGGUCUACACUAUGUUGGCCUGUGCAAGGAUAGGUGCUGUUCACUGCAUUGUGUUUGCAGGUUUCUCCUCCGAGUCUCUGUGUGAGAGGAUCGUGGACGCUCAGAGCAGCGUCCUGGUGACAGCAGAUGGUGUUUACAGAGGAGAGAAGCUGAUCAACCUGAAACAGAUUGCAGACGAGGCUCUGGAGAAGUGCAGGGAAAAAGCGUCAUCUAGUGUCACUAAAUGCCUCGUCAUCAAGCACCAUGCACUCAGGACAAAAAGCGGAGCUGCAUGCAACAAACUACAGACCCCCUGGGACUCAGACUGUGACGUGUGGUGGGAUGAGGUGAUGAGAGACUCUCCUGAAGAGUGUGAACCCGAGUGGCUGGAUGCUGAGGAUCCGCUGUUUAUCCUCCACACCAGCGGCUCCACCGGCAAACCCAAGGGUGUUCUCCACACUGUUGCCGGGUAUCUCCUUUAUACGUCGCUGACCUUCAAGUACGUUUUCGACUAUCACCACGAUGACGUGUACUGGUGCACCGCCGACAUUGGCUGGAUCACCGGUCACUCCUACAUCACCUACGGCCCACUUGCAAACGGCGCCACCAGCGUCCUGUUUGAAGGUAUCCCAGUUCACCCUCAUGUCGGCCGGUUCUGGGAGAUCAUUGAGAAGUACAAAGUGACCAAGUUCUACACAGCUCCCACAGCUAUCCGCCUGCUGAUGAAGUACGGACGGGAACCGCUGCAGAAGUAUGACCUCUCCAGCCUGAGGAUUCUGGGUACUGUUGGUGAGCCGAUCAACCCGGAGGCGUGGCAGUGGUACCACGAGGUCGUCGGUCAGGGCAGGUGUCCCGUGGUCGACACUUUCUGGCAGACAGAGACCGGAGGUCAUAUUUUGACUCCUCUGCCUGCUGCCACGCCGCUGAAACCAGGCUCUGCUACCUUUCCUUUCUUCGGAGUAGAGCCCACAAUCCUCAACGAACACGGAGAGGAACUGGAAGGCGAGGGCGAGGGUUAUCUCGUAUUCAGGAGGCCCUGGCCUGGAAUAAUGCGCACUGUGUACAGAAACCACGAACGCUUCGAGAACACCUACUUCAAGAAGUUCCCUGGCUUCUAUCUAACUGGUGAUGGCUGCAGGCGGGACAAAGACGGCUAUUACUGGAUCACAGGAAGAAUAGACGACAUGCUGAAUGUGUCAGGUCACCUGAUGAGCACAGCGGAGGUGGAGGCAGCUCUGACGGAGCACCCGGCCGUGGCGGAGGCUGCUGUAGUGAGUCGGCCUCACGAGGUGAAGGGAGAGUGUCUGUACUGCUUCGUCACCCUCAAAGACAGCAGGGAGUUCAACCACAAACUGGUGGAGGAGGUCAAGAGACUGGUGAGAGAGAAAAUCGGACCAAUCGCCACGCCAGACUUCAUUCAGAACGCUCCCGCGCUCCCGAAGACUCGCUCAGGGAAGAUCAUGAGGCGGAUCCUUCGGCAGAUCGCCCGCAACGAGAAGGACCUGGGCGACCUUUCGACCCUGGCCGACCCAAAGGUGGUGGAGGAGCUGUUCAGCCAGAGAUGUGAAGCUGCAGCCUGAACAAACGCCUCACCCUCUCCUGCUACGCAACAGCACACAUGAAGACAGAUCACAAACGGCUGGUUCUGGGUCAGCAUCUGUGCACUUGUUGGAACUGAAUGAAGGGGCUAGGAUCAGAAAUUUAUACCGGCGAUAUUGAGACAUUUCAAAUUAUUUUUUUAGGUGGAGAAAUGAAAGUAGAAAACAACUGAUUUAAUUAAAUAAAAUGUCAGUAGUUGCUUUGACAAGCUGAUAUAUGGGGCUGUUGUUGCUUUGUGUUUGGGCCAAAAUGUCAAACAAACUAGUUACAGAAUUGCUGUUAGCUCCAUGUCUCAUAUUGUUGGAGGAGGAAGUUAAUGUUGCCUGAUGUAUAUUUUCAAUCUGUGAUAUUUCUAUGAGCUUAGAAUGAAGUGUUUUAUCUGUUAUUGUUGCCUUUGUCCGUUUCCUUUCAAGCUCAGCAGUUGAUCGGCCCCCUCAUGUGGCAGGAAUCGUCCUCUACAGCUGCUAUCUGAUGAUUUACUGUAAAAUGCCCUUUUUACUCUCCUGCCUUCUGUCUUUUAAUGAUGCACAGAGCGCACGCACUCACUCACGCACGCACACACGCACAGUGAUUAUGGCAAAGAUAGAGGGAUGCAGAGAAGAAUAAGAAGAGAGGGUUGUUUUAUCUUAAGUGCAGUGGAUUCUUUUGAAAUUACAAGCAUCAGUCAGAGGUCUUAAAAAGAUUAGACUGCUCUCUUAUCUUACUACACAGUCUGUGCACUUCCUUUGUUUCAUGUUAUUUGUCUCCUCUACCCCACUAAACAUAACAUGCAUGCAGCGAUGUACUGUACGUUUGUGUAGGUGGGGAGGACGAGGAAAGAGGAGCCCCAGAAACAGGGUAAUAUUACAUCAUCACCCCCAGCAGCCGAGGAGGGGUUACCAUGGCAACCCCCCCCCCCCCAAGAAACCCUCCUCCUGCCUUUUUACCACAACACCAGUCUGCAGAUGUUUUGUAACCUGAUGACACUGACUUCCUGGUC